AUGCCGCGCGAUUUUCGGCCUAAAGGCAAGGCCGCCAGUGCGCGUCGUCGAUCUGAUCCGCCCACUCGGCCACAAAAUAAGGGCGAGUCGGACGAUGAAGAUGUAGCAGAGGAUGUCCUGCGUCAGGGCAUUGAAGCGUUGGGCGGUACAGAGGACGACAUUGCCUUGAUCCAAGGCAAAGGCAAGGCGGGUCCUACGCUGACGGAUGCGGAACUCUCUUCGGAGCUUCGUGCGUUUAUGGAACGCGAAAAGUUUCCGUCGACACCGACAGACUCCCUGACCAAACCGACGGCCAAGAAACCAGCUGUGCAUGCGAAAGAGACGUCCAAGCUUAAAGCAGCCAAAGAAACUUCGCGUCCUGAGAAAAGUGCGAAGCCAGAGCGGCCCGCUAAGCCUCAAGCAAUUCUACGUUCCGAGGCGCCACGGAAGCACGUCGUAUUUGGCGGCGACGACGACCAGCCUGCGCCGGCGGUCAAGGCAGGCCUGCGCCUUCUUAUUGAGCCUGUCUCUGACUGGUCCAACAUCAAGUUGCCAGUCCUGGAAGCGUCGCAUGUGCCUUCGCAGGUAGACGAGGCUGCCAUCACGGCAUUGCAUGAGCUUGGCAAGCAGACGCUCGAGUCUGAAAACGAUAUGUACGCUCGCCUUGCCUCUGGUGAAGGAGGAAAGAAUGUCAUUCUCGGCUCGCUCAACUUUUCUGAUCUACAGUUCGCGCGAACAUUGCUCACAUCCAGCAAGGCCAGUACGCUGUCUGAUCGAAUUUCCGCGGUGACGCUGCUCUUGCAGAGCAGUCCGAUUCAUAACCUCAAGGCGUUGGACACGCUUAUGACCAUGGCUGGCAAGCCUGGGCGUGAGGAAGCGAGUCGUGCGACUCGUGCAUUGGCCGACUGGCUGUCCAGUGGGGGUGGUCUAGGCGCUCAGAAACUUCAUUAUUUCCGUGAUCAGCCCCUUUUGGCGAAAGCGGCGGCGGUGUACAAGGCAGGCACGAACGACGCUCUUCGUUUUUGUACCUGUGUAUGGGCCUUUGAGGAUAUGCUGAAGCGUACCUACUUUGCGUUUGUGCAAAUCCUCGAGCGUCAAUCGCAUGACACAUUGCUGUUUAUGCGCCGACAGGCCGUGACGCAAGUGUUUGUGCUGCUGCGUGACAAGGCCGAGCAGGAGCACAACUUACUGCGUCUCCUGACGAACAAGCUGGGUGAUCCUGAUCGCAGUGUGGCGUCGAAGGCCAGCACGCAUCUUAUGGAGCUCAUGCAAGUCCACCCUGCGAUGAAAGCCAUCGUAUUGCGUGAGGUUAGCGAGGAAGUCUUGCGUUCGCAGGUGUCUACGCGCCGCACUGGCAAAGAAGAAACAAAUACCAAAGGCAAUCAGCAUGCGACGUAUUAUGGUGUUUUUACUAUGAACCAGACGCUGUUCACGGCCCAGGAUGCACCGCUGGCGAACGAGCUUUUCACGAUUUAUUUCCAGCUGUUUGAAGUGUGCCUGCAGCAGGAGAAUCCUGAGACGCCAUCCGAGGAUACCGCCAAGCCCAAGGACAAGAAACGCUGGCGUGAUCAGAAGAAGGCGUCCACACCUGCGCACAAGACGGCCAGUGACGUGUAUGGCCGUCUCUUGGCAGGUAUUCUGGCGGGUAUUCGUCGUGUAUUCCCCUUCACGACCCUGGAUACUGAUGCGCUGGACCAGCAUCUUCAUACGCUUUUCCGCAUCACACAUACACAUUCGUUCAACAUUGCCGUCCAGGCCCUGCAGCUCAUUUUCCAAGUGGCGAUCGGCAUUCCGAAAGACGGCGAUACAGCACGAGGCUUUUCGCCCAAGGUCGCUGAUCGGUACUACCGCACGCUGUACGAUUCCAUGCUGGACUCGCGCCUCGCGACAACGAGUAAACAAGCGAUGUACUUGAACCUGGUAUACAAAUCGAUCAAGUCGGACACCGAUCCGGAGCGUGUCAAGGCCAUGGUCAAGCGACUGUGCCAGAUUCUCCAUACGCAAGAGCCGCCGUUCAUUGUCGGUGCAUUGGUCCUGCUCGGUGAGAUUUUCAAGGCCAAGCCAGGUCUCCGUGCGAUGAUCACUGAGCCAGAGGAAGAAGGAACAGAACAUUUUGUCGAUGUACGUGACGACGAGGAUGAGGCGGACGUUUCGCAGGUUGAGACACGCACGACGUCGACCUCUUACGAUGGCCGUAAGCGUGAUCCACGCUUUGCUCAUGCGGGCGAGACAGCGCUUUGGGACUUGCUGCCGUUGGUCCAUCAUUUCCACCCGUCUGUGAGCCUAAAUGCCAAGCAGCUGCUAGAUGGCAUCCCCGUCACAUCCAAUGCGGAUCUGACGCUCAACACACUUAUGCACUUCCUUGAUCGAUUCGUCUUCCGCAACCCGAAGAAGCAUGUGGCCGUGAAGGGCAGCAGCAUUAUGCAGCCCGCGCUCAGUGGCGAUGCGACUGACAAUGUGCUCGUACGCCGCACGAAUGUGCCAUUGUCGUAUGUCAACACGCCCGAGUUCUGGACACUCAGGCCCGAGCUUGUGCCUGCCGACCAGCAGUUCUUCCACCAGUACUUCCAAACGAAAUUAAAGCGCACACAUGCCCCCGCCGAGAAGGACCAUGAGGCGGACUUGGACGAGGUCGCGUCGGACGACGGCAUGCCCGAGGAUGGCGACGACUCGAGUACGGAUGACGACGAGGAGAAAGAGAUUUGGAAGGCUAUGAAGUCGUCUAUGCCAGGUCCUAAAGAAAUGGAAGAGGAGAUUGACGAUGAUCUUGACGACGAUAUACUGGCAGAGUUGGAAGACGAUGAGGACGAGAAAGAGGAGGAUGACGAGGACGAGGAUGAUAUCGAUGAGGACGACGACGGCCAUGUCGACCACGAUGAUUCUGCGACGGACGAUGAAGCGAAUAUGUUCUUGGAAGACGAGGAUGAUUUGGUGCCGUUCACCAACUUUGACGAGGAAGAGGAAGCGGCUGUCGCUGGAAAGAAGCGCAGUGCCGACGAGGCGGCUGAGUCCACCAGCAAAAAGACCGGCCGCACCUCGCAGCGCCGCAAGCGUCGCGCUCUCCCUGAGUUUGCCAGUGCAGACGAAUAUGCACACUUGCUGGAUUCCGACGACGAAGGCAAUUUGUAG